CGUAACGAAACGCGUGUUGCUUCAGUACGAUACCAACCUCUCAUCGUUUGCGUUCAAUGAUAUUUCAAAAAGAAAGAGAGAGAGAGAAAGAGAGAGAGAGAGAGAGAGAAACGUAAUCGUUCUUAAAAAAAAUAAAAAACAAAAAAAAGAAUUCGGAAAAACAUGCGUAAAUCAUUAAAAGGAUGUUGCACCGUGAUUACAUUUUUGUGUGCCGUCAUUAUGAUAACUAUUGGUAUAGUAAUGAUGAAUAAUCAAACGUUGUCGACUUAUCUAUUAAAAAGAAUACGUUCGGUAUGGGACAAUGUUUAUGAUCCUAAUGAAAUAAUAAAUAUUAAUGAAAAUAUCAUUGAUCUUAUUUCUUUUUUAAUCAUAGGAAAAAACAUUAAUGGACAAUACGAUAAUUUAUAAUAUUUGGUCAUCGCCUCUGAAUCUUACCUUAAAUAUCUAUUUGUUCCAUGUUGAAAAUCCGGAUGAUGUGUUAAAUGGAGAAUUACCGAAGCUUACGGAACGUGGUCCUUACGUUUACGACGUAAUCCUUGAAAAAGAUAUACUGAGCGUAAACGAUAUACGAGAUGAAAUAAUUUACAAUAUCAAAAAGACAUAUUACUUCAACGAAGAGGAAACUGGUGAACUUUUGGAGAACGAUGAAGUUGUCCUAUUAAAUAUGGCCUAUCUCGGUGCGAUAAACACGCUCGCGAAUUUUUCGCCUAACUUGCUCCGACAAUAUGGCGAUUAUAUAAGGAUGUUAUUCCCUCAAGAGAAUCCUCUUUUUGUCAAAGCAAAAGUUAAAGAUAUAAUGUUCAAUGGUAUAUCCUUUAUAUGCGAUAUUAAAAAACAUCAAAAAAUGAAAUUAAUCUGUAUGACGCUAAAGGGAAGAAAACCACCGAUCUUAUGGAACACUGAAAUUGAAAAUAAUUACAUGUACAGCCUCUUUGGCACGAUGAAUGGAACCUGGGUUGGUCCAAUCAAUAUUAACAGAGGUGUAGAAAAUGAAACAAAAGUAGGAAAUAUAAUGUCGGUAUAUAAUAAACGAAAGAAUAAAUAUUGGGCAACCGAAGAAUGUAAUAUUAUUAAAGGAUUAGAUGGUGUGAUUUUUCCUUAUUACAAGGAACCACCAGAGCGUAUUUAUUUUUACAGUAUCGAAAUUUGUCGAACUACAUUUAUGGAAUUCAAGGGAGUUGAAAAGGUCAAUCAAUUCGAGGCAUGGCGAUACGUUCAUACAAACAAAAAUUGGAGUAAUAAUGAGACCGAUUGUUAUUGUCCGACUGUCAAGCACGAAAAAGCAUGUCUACCUAUGGGUCUCAUGGACGUUAACAAGUGCAUGAAACUACCUACGUUACUGUCCGAGCCUCAUUUUCUUCACGCCGAUCCCAAAAUAUUAGAUUACGUGCCUGAUUUGAAUCCAAAUGAGGAAAUUCAUUCGAGUUCUAUAUUGAUCGACACGCUUACUGGUAAACCUCUUCAUGGUCAUAAAAAAAUGCAAAUAAAUAUGAAGAUAUCACCGUAUCCGAUCGAAUUGCUUGCCAAUGUCACCGAGGGUUACUUUCCGAUUAUUUGGAUAAGCGAGGUUUGAUAAUUAUUUAUAAUAAUAAUAACAACAACGAUCACGAUGAUAAUAAUUCAACAUUGUUCUAUUUCUUUGAUCUAUUAGAAGGAGGAAUACCUACCCUCUAUCGAUCAUUUA